CUCAUAGCUCUGAAUGGAAAUUCCCAUGGGUUUUGAGCUGCUGACUGCACUGAGGAUGAAACAUUUCCAUCUGUAGUGUAAUUUACCCAAGAGAGAUGAAGAAAUUGGAUCUUGGAUGAGUCUUUCUCUCCCCUUGUUGAGRAAAACACCUUUAAAGUGUGAAUGAACCGUCUUGCUGCUAAGUAGUUUCUUAUUGGAGUUCAGUGGUCAUGGGGCCAUCAGAAAAAGAGGAGGAAGAACAGAACGUGAUCGUGAUCAGUGAUGAUGAUGAUGGUGGUGAUGAGGAAGUGGAGAACACCCAAGGGAGUUCUGUCCUGUGUGUAGAGCUACAGGAUGAAUCUCACCUGGAAGAGAAGAAACCAGAAGAAAUAGUGGAUGAGAAAGAGGAUUUAGUGGUCACCUACUGUAAACAAGCAAAUGUGAUGCCUCAUGCAAGAUAUGACUGCAACGUGCACCCCUUCGAGAGAACAGAGUGUGACACUUGUUCCCCCCUCGGGACAAACAAUGUUAUUUGUGACCAGUGCUACUGCUACAUCUGUGACAAACCGGCUGCUGAGUGCCAGCACUGGACAACCCCUUCCCUGUGCCACUGCAAUGCCCACAACAAAAGCAGCUUCUGGAAGAGCCAGAGGAACCUUGCCUUGACUGGGGUGCUGGCCAUGUUCAACCUGGAGCUGCUGGACAUCGACACGGAGCUGCGGCACGGCGGAGAUCUCCUAGAAAAAUUUAUCAGGGAACUUUCUGUAGCAUAUAACAUGUACCUAAUAGGAGAAUGGAUAAGUCCCCCAGCACAGGAAUGCUUUUGUGUGCCAAAAUUGCCCCCUGGGCAGUGUGAUAGCUGCCGCUCACAGCACAUGGAGGUUGUGCACAAGUAUUCUGGUGUUUUCGAGCUGGUMGCAAGAUUUUUAAAUCAGGCAGAACAAGAAAGCCCCAAAGCUGCUGCUAUCAUGCUCCUGGGAGCAGCUAAACAGAUUGCCCUGCACAAAGACCCUGCUCUUCUUAGGAGCUGUCAGAACCUUGGGCACACUGCUUCCCUAAGGAUUGCUGUCCCAUUUCUGUUCCAAAGGAUCACAACCCGACUUCAGAGGAUGCUGGUUUUGUGUGACUUUCCAAAAACUCUGUAUGAAAAGUUUAUUCAGUUUUUUCAGUCCAUCUCCCUUCCCUGUCACUGUCAUGCUUUCACAAAUUGCUUGAAUGUUGUGCCCUGGGACCACAUGUUACUGACCACGGUUUUAAAAGGCCAGAACACCACAGGGCAGAGAAGGCUGAAAGGAAGGAAAAUGUACCUAUGGGAAGCACUCCCUGUAGUGGAAGCUCGAGUGGAGAAACUGCUGGAUAAAAAGAAGUAUAAGGAAGUUGUUCGUUACCUGAGAGCUGUGAAAUGUGAUGAUAACCAAAGACUCCGAGACCUUCGGGAUAUGAUCCCGUUCUACCUGUGCAAAACCGGRGAUUUCAUGGACGCUACCCAUUCGCUGCUAUUCCCUGUGAACAGCCUGGCCUGCUGCUCUGCCUGCAGGAUCACUCCCUGCCAGUUCAAGGUUUACCUCAAAAUAUUCCGGACAGGCUGUGUUCCCUCUGGGAAUGACAUAGUGGAGACAGGGCCCUGGGUUUCAGCUGGCACUCCCCUGAGGAGCAGUGUGCUAAUUAAGCAGGCACUCAAAGUGCUGUACAGCAGCAAGGCACUCUGCAGGAACGCCAAAUGUUGGAGCUCCUUCAUAAUGGUUUUGGGGAGUAGCAAUUUCCUGGAAAAGAGGGGGCACCUCCUUCCCUUGACCCUGGAAGAGCCCCCGCUCGCCUUCCAAGCGAAGGUGCUGGUUGCCAGCAACAGYGUUCUGGAGGAUCUCAAGGCCAGAGUUAAUGUCUCUUUACCACCUGCCCUUUUCUCUGCUCAGCUACACCAUGAGGCUUCUCUGAUCCUGGCCGUSCAAGCAGUGCAGCAGAUGCUUUGUUAUGACCUUUUCCACCUCACUUCCUUCCUAGAGAUAGUUCUGGCUUUUGGGAAAAACUUCUGGGCUCUGAGGAUGUUGCUGGAYCAACUUUCCUGUGAGGAUCACAUCCUCUGUGGCACUGCCAACCUGCUUUUGAGGGAUUUGAAUCGGGAGAAAGGCACAAUGCUGAGCGUGUGGCAGAACCUGGGCCCCAAGUAYGUGGGGGAUUUCGUGUGCCUGUUCCUGACCUGCAGACACCAGAGGAUGCAAUCUGUUGGCCUCUUCACCCUGAACAUCAUCAUCGACAACCUGCCUCUGUGUCCCUGGGCACAGCAGCUCUGCACCUUUUUCCGUGACUCGGGAUUGAAGCAGCUCCCUUUGGGCACUACAGUUCACCAYGAAGUUUCAAAGUUCAUCACUGCUUUUGAGAAACUGUAACUUGGAUAAAAUCCUCAGGAAUAUUUUCUGGUUGUUUUUCAUCAGGAACAAUCUCUUCCUGGAGUUUCUUGGGUUUGCUUUGGUAGCCACCUCCAGGAACAGCCAGCUGCAAACUGACUGCCCUGGCUUUGGAGUGGGCACAGAGCCACAUUUUGGGAGUUUCUUGCAGUUCCACAUAUUAAGGAGUUGUUGGAAGAGGCAGCAGGUUUSAAUUGUUUGGAGAAGCUGAUCCCCAGGGAAUGAGGGCAAGGAAACCUGGAUGGAGCAGAAACACCCAAAGGGUUUUCUUCCUGUUGGGACACAAAGCUGCUGAGAGGGAAAAGCUUAAACCACAAAACCAGGGAGUUUAAAACUCCCUCUGCAGCAGUUUAGGGUCAAGUGCUGUUUGCACACUUCUCAUUUUGGGAUGAAUUUUAAACCAAGAGCCAUUCUGGAGGCUGAAGGGGAAAACUGAGAUUUUCUUUCRUCAAACAAUCCCAGCAAGGGAGGCCUGGGACGGUGAUGAGCUGAGUUUAUUUGUAAUCAAUCCAGAUUCCAGGCUGGGCUUUUAUUUUCUGCUGAAAAUAGGAUGUAGAUUGGUGCUGRUGGCUCUGUGCAUUUCCCAGAUCCUAAUUCUGAGGGGAAUUUGGGUUCCCUCUGACUUGGGGAGGUGAAAGAAGUGUUUGGAGCCUGGUUUGGGUUCCCUGUCCCAUUGGGAUUCCUCUCUGCACUGCUUGGACAGGCAGGAAAACAAACCUUAAUAUGUGACCAGCUGUACUUUGCACAUUUCCAGGCGUUUGGGGGCUUUUGCAGCUCUUGAKAUCCRAGUUUUCUGUAAGAAAUGCACCUGRGCCUAAAUUUGACACCUUUUUAAUUAAAACUGUACAAGUUCUGUUGUUAC